AUGGAUUCCAGAAGCCGUGAACACAACUCCUCCAGGGUUGUGUGCAGUUCGGCCUUGACGGAUGGCGGUAAAAAGCUCCAUGCUCACUUUUAUCCUACACAGCAAAGGUUGCAAUUAACGCUUGAGCUGUCACAGUCGCUUGCCGCUGUGCUCGAGGGCGAGAAUAGCCUUGCGCGGCAUUUUAAUAUUCCUCUAGCUAGUGACACUAUGGCGGGCAAGAUCGACUCUUUAUUUGGAAACAUCCAGCUUGUGCAAGACGACCAAGGGGAGGUUGACAACGAUAUUCGCUGGCUCGACAUUGUCCUUGCAACAACAUAUACGCCCAAGAGACGAGAAGAUGGUUACUAUUAUUUACAACUCAAUGGACGCCAGGGUUUCAUCCAGGUCGCGGAAUCGGACCAUAACUUUAUCAAGUCAGGCCUUCCGCAAAAGCUUAUUAAUCCACGAUUUUAUCCGAGCGAUGUGCAGUCUGAGGAAGAGACGAUGCGAUUAGUGGAAGAGCUAUUGUUAAACUUGAACGAACUUGCCUCACAGAUAAUCGACGUGAACAACGACUGCCGAGCAAAAGUAAACCAAAGGCUUGGGACUCUUCUGAAACUCUCUCAGAACACUCGGCAGAUCGACGGGAAGCCAAAAACUGCCGCGACUCCUGGGCCUCCAGAGCCAACAACGCACAAAGGAGUUAGAAAAGGCAAAUCGCGAUCUACUAUGCCUCCAUGGGAGCCGCAGGAAUUAGACCGCCUACCCCAGUGGUUUCCGGAUCACAAGCAUCUAACGAAGAAACAAGUUGAGACAGAGUUCAAGAAAGACUUCGGUAGAUUUCGAACCUUUGGAGCGAUUGUGGCCGCACAUUAUCGGGCACGGAAUGAGUUUGGAAGACAUCAUGUAGGAUCGAAGCGGAAACUUGAUCAAGAUGAUUCCCUACCACCAUCAACUGCACCUGAAUCCGCCGGCGUUGGAACUGCCGACCAUAUCGAUCUAUUCUCGUCGGUGUCGGAUUCAACCCCCAGACUCCCAGUCUCCUUCUUGACUCCUCUCCGAAGCCUCUGCAGUCCAGAAACUUCGAACGGUGGAACCAUGGAGAGGCGGUUUACGAACUUGUCCCACCAAACCGCGUGCAUGGAAGUAGUAACGCCUCAGGAUACAGCCGAAAGCCCUUUGCGGAAUGAGUACCCGGCGCCCAGCACUUCAAGAGCUGAGGUAGAAGGUUUCGAUCCGACGAGUACCGCUGUCCACCCUGUAACUGAACAGACCACAAGGGACAGCAGAUCAUCAGGAAGAGGCCACCAGGCGACCCAACUCUGUCCUACUAAUACUAGAGAGAGUAAUAAAUCUGAUGGAGAUGUCUUCGGGCCGUAUGGAGUGGGUAAUGUUGCAAACACUCAACCGGCAAACUCGCAUCACCAGGUCCUCUCGGAUGCCCUGUCUGCACCUGCAAACGCUUCCGGAAGCCGGGACGCCCAGUCUUCAACAAAUAAUCCCCGUCCUGACCAUACCGUUCCUGCUACCAUGUCUUGUUUGCCUCUAAGCGGAUAUACACCGGGUUCAAGUGAGGUGACCGAAACUCGACCUGAGAAUACAAGAAUCCAGCCGGAGGCUCGCGACGAUCCGGGUCAGACGCUUUUAUUACCCGUUCUCCAUCAACAAGCGCUAUCACCGGCGACUACUGCCUCAGCGCAAACCACCAACCCGGCGAGACGUUCUCGGAAGCCUAGAGCCUCAAUUAAGGGGAAAGGAUCCGGCACCGGUUGUAUUACCUGUCGUCGCAGAAAAAGCGUGUGUGACAGACGGUCUCCUACAUGCAAUACUUGUGCUAAAGCCAAGCUAUUGUGCGAGGGUUAUAUUUUGCAGAAGCCCACAAGUCUAGAGGAAUCGUCUUCUCCCUGCUCACAGGGAAACCAGUAUCAACAAGAAGACCAUGGGAUCCCGACUGAUUCCCUUGACCAUGUUGUGGAAGGAGACAUCGCUGUCCUUCAUGGACUCCCUGGCCCGCAACACGGCAUGAACGCUACCCGCACAGGUUCUCCUCCUUGGAUGCCGUUAAGCGGAAGUGAGGCCAGUCUCAGUUCUCCGAGUUUCGUAUCUGGGCAAAACGCACCGGGAGUCAGGGGAGUUUUAACUGCGGCCAAUAGACUGCCGCCUCCUGUCAAUCCUGACACCGGUCCUCAAGUGAUGCCACCAAUUGAUCAAGUUCUCAAUGGACAGUAUAAGCCUUUAAACCAACUUGUGUUCCCGGAUUGGAGCGCCCAGGCUUGAUCGGUGGCUGUCUCCGAACAGUGUGGCAAUCUUUUCACGUGGUAUCUAGUGAGUAGGGAAUACAGCCAUUUAUUGAUCACUCCUCACCGUCCAUCAUGCGAUUCCAUUAAGCUCAGUAGUGCCUGAAGGCACGCCUUGUCAUUCUGACUGACUCGUGGCCGCGUAAAUUUUUCGUGACAAAAGGAUGCGUCUGGGACGCGUCUCUUGGCAUAAACGUAUGUGGGGGCACAAUUUAACUUGUAAAGUUGCAAAAUAUUAUAAGCAUCGAAUUGAUGUUCUGAGCUGUUGGUGGUGGUGUUGUUGCGAUGUCCGUAUGAACAAUACGACCUUCUCUGCCCCGAGCCCGGCGCGUCAUCGUCAAUGUUCAAACCGUAAACGAUUAUCGUGCGAGAUAAAUGGAGUGACAAGUUCUGUUCUCCAUCGUGGGGGCGUACGUAUGAGGGGACACGACUUCCUCUGGAACUGGUUCUGUGAUGUUUGGUGUUUCGUGAGGUUUGGAGGAUCAGUUUUUGCCACGCCGCGUCGUGAAAAGGGGGAAGAUCACGUUGUUAAGCUCCCCUGGCACUCGGAGACAGCCAAAC